UGUACGUAUUCGCGAGUCAUCGCGAACAUACAUAUACGUAUCUUGUACGUUGCGUCCAUCGAAUAUGGUCUUCCGCAAGGUGUAGGUGUACAUAUAAGUCAAAUCGCAUGUUGGAUUUUCAGAGAGUAUGUACAUAUUUUCGUUGUUAAGAAUCCGUGUAUCGAUGCGCCAUUGAAAUCGCUCGUUGUCCGAAACAAGUUGGGAAAUAACUGAUAUACGGAUAGAGAAAUCGUCCGAUUUCGAAAGCAAAGCGUUCGAUCGUGCUUCGUGCGGUAGUCUAACCUCCAAACGGGAAUCGAAUAGGUAUGAAAGAGCUCUCCUUCCACGAUUAAGGUACAAACACGUACAAACGUUUAGCCGUGAAACGAGCUACGUACAAAGCGUACAAGUCGAGAGAAACUUGAGAAUCUUCGAUCGGUUAUUGGUGUCCGUUCCGGUCGAUACAGCACACACGCCGCACGACAAAAUUGGUAUGCUGAAGAAAACCAAGAGGAUGCGAGCGACGAGGUUACGACAUAUUUUGGUCUUUGUCGAACAUUACGUUCUUUGGAAACCGAAUAAAGUGAAAUAGUGAUUAUUGUUCUUACCAAUUGAGAAACAGAAAUUGGUAUAUUGCUGGUCUAUGAUACUCGCGAGGAAUACGUGAUAAAACGCAUCGUUGGUUUCUUAUCCCAUUUCGUAUUCACGCAUUCUCUCUGCUUUCGUUUCAUCGAGAACCGAUUCGCGCUUCUCCGAAAUCUUUCGUAGGUAAACGUAAACGUAAACGUAAACGUAAACGUAAAAGGAGAUCUUUCGAAACCCCGAGAGUUUGUAACCUGAAAUCAGGAAUAGAAAGGAAUCUGGAAUCUGGAAUCUGGAAUCUGGUUAUUUGAAAUAGAAGCCGAAAGUUUGGUAUUCGAUUUUGAAACGAAACUGGCAAAGCGACGGUAACGCGCGCGUAUCAAUGUUUGUACAAUUUUUGGAAAUUCUCCUUUUUGUUGUUACCGAUUCGACGGAAGCGAUCGCAGAAUGCGACUCAUCAGCUCGGAAAAAUUGUCGGAUAUUCAAAAGAAUCCGAACAAUAUUCGGAAUAUUUGUAUAUUGGCGCACGUCGAUCAUGGAAAAACCACGUUGGCGGAUUCGUUGGUGGCCAGCAAUGGAAUUAUCUCGAAGAAACUGGCGGGCAAGCUUCGAUACUUGGACAGUCGACCGGACGAACAGGCACGUGGAAUCACUAUGAAGUCCAGUUCGAUCUUGUUGUACCACGAAUACGAUCGUCGAGAAUUUGCGGUGAAUCUGAUCGAUUCGCCGGGUCACGUAGACUUUGCUUCCGAAGUUUCGUCGGCGGUUCGACUAUGCGACGGAGCGAUCAUCUUGAUCGACGUGGUGGAGGGAGUGUGCCCGCAGACGCGAGGUGCCCUGUCCACUUCGUACGUCGAGGGUCUGAAACCGAUCUUGGUUCUGAACAAGAUCGACAGAUUGAUCACGGAAAUGAAACUGUCGCCGUUGGACGCUUACGUGCACUUGAGCCAAGUACUCGAACAGGUGAACGCCGUGAUGGGCGAGCUGUUCGCCAGCGACGCGAUGGAACGGGAAGAAAAGGAGAAGGACGAGGAAGAGGAAGAGGAGGAGGAGGAGGAGGAGGUGGAGGAGCGGGAACAGGAUAAAGAAGGAGGAGACGGAGCGGAUCGAGUUUCGAAGAACGCCUCGGGAACCGUUUCGGAAAGACGUUUGACCGACUGGCAGUCGGCGAUGGAAGACAUGGACGAUUCCGGUCUCUAUUUCUCGCCGGAACAAGGUAACGUUUUAUUUUCGAGCGCCACGGAUGGCUGGGGAUUCGGUGUCAAGGAUUUUGCCAAGAUAUUUGCCGCGAAAUUGGGUUUCAGCGAAACGGUAUUGUUGAAAACGCUCUGGGGCGAUUUCUAUGCGAACACCAAGACCAAGAGGAUUUUGAAAGGAGCUCAGGAGAAGGCCAAGAAGCCCCUGUUCGUGCAGCUGAUUCUGGACAACUUGUGGACGCUGUACGAAACGAUAACGAUAAGAAAAGACAAGGAGAAGAUAAGCUCGAUGGCGGAGAAACUCGACAUCAAGUUGACGAGCAGAGAUCUGAGACACACGGAUCCCAAAGCUCAGCUGCAAGCCAUCUGUUCGCAAUGGUUGCCGUUGGCUCGAGCUUGCCUCGACGCUGUCUGCGAGAACGUCCCGGCACCGAACAACUUGACGACCGAGAAGGUCGAACGUCUGUUGAGCGGACGCUUCGAUUUUUCUUCGUUACCUGGCGAGACGCGCCGCUUGAAAGAAGCUUUUUCGGCUUGCGAUCCGUCCCCUGGCUCGCCGGUGAUCGUCUUCGUGUCAAAAAUGUUCCCGGUCGAGAGAAAGAUCUUGCCGGAGAAUAAACCGAAACUGCUCACCCCGGAGGAAUUGGCGCAACGAAAAGAAAUCGCGCGGCUGAGGCACGCGGCGAAGAUCGCGGACACGGCUGUCGACGAAACGGCGGAACAUCGAUCGGAAUGCGAUGUCGUGGCGAACCAGGCGAGAUCGUCGGGAUACAGAGCGAUCGAAAAGGAGAAGGAGAAGGAGAAGGAAAAGGAAAAGGAAAAGGAAAAGGAAAAAGCCACGGAAGCCCUCGAAGCCACCGAAACCGGUGAGACAACGGAAACGACCGACCCGUGCGACGAAACUGCGAUGAUCGCGUUCGCCAGAGCUUAUUCCGGCAGGUUGACCAGGGGGAGCACCGUGUUCGUUUUAGGGCCGAAACACGAUCCGCGGAGAGUCGGCGAAUUGCCGACGGACCAAUCUGUCACGCUGAAGGACUUGAAAGCCGGCAGACACGUGACCAGAGUCACCGUGCGAAAGCUUUAUUUUUUGAUGGGCAGGGAACUGGAACCCACGGAUACGGUGACCGCUGGGAACGUCUUCGGAAUCGGCGACUUGGAAGAACACGUACUGAAGACGGCCACGCUUUCUUCCACCGUCGCCUGUCCUCCCUUUUCCGAACCGAUGUCGUUCGGCGUCCCUAUAAUGAGGGUUGCUCUGGAACCGAAACAUCCGAACGAUUUGCCGGCUCUGAUCAACGGCUUGAAGUUGUUGAAUCAGGCGGACGCCUGUGCCGUAGUUCGUAUUCAAGAGAGCGGAGAAAUUGUGCUGAAUACCGCCGGAGAAGUGCAUUUGGAACGAUGCUUGGAAGAUUUGCGACUGAGAUACGCGAAAGUCGACGUGAACGUAUCGGAGCCUAUCGUACCGUUUCGGGAGACGGUCGUACCUCCGCCAAAGGUCGACAUGGUCAACGAGGCGAUCGAAAAAAAGCCAGAAGACGUCAACCUUACCAGCCGGACUACCGUAAUUCGACAAUUCCACUUCGAAAUGGACGCCAGACCUUUGCCAGAAAAGGUUACCAAGAUUUUGGAGAAAAACGCGGAUUUGAUCAAGUCGUUGUAUCGUCGUCACGGCAAAUUAUCCUUGGAGAAGGAGCAAGAGCGCGAACUGGGGCCGAGGCAGGAGCAGGAGCAGGAGCAGGGACGGGACGAGAACGAGGACGACGACGAGGACGACGGCGAAGGGAUGGGAACGGCAGCCGCGAAACCGUUGCCAGAAGGAGAGAAGGAGCAAAAAGCGCUUUCCGUAUUCAAACACGAGUUAUCGAUUGGUUUUCGAGAGGCGGGUCAAGAAAAUAUCUUGGAGAAGAUAUGGUCGUUCGGACCGCGAAACUGCGGUCCCAAUAUCCUCUUGAACGAAACGGAUUACAGGCAGAACAAAUUUUGGGAAGGCCAUUCGAAGUCUACCGAUCCACGUUUUCCAUACGAGAGCAGUAUGGUUAGCGGAUUUCAACUGGCAACGCUUGCCGGGCCGUUGUGCGAAGAACCUAUGACGGGUGUCUGUUUCGUCCUGAAGAAGUGGGUCAUCUGUCAAGAUUCCCAAGGUGAAAAUUGCGGUCAGAACCAAGGCCGCGUGGGUGGACUUUUGAUGUCGGCGUGCAAAGAAGCUUGUCGUCGCGCGUUCAACUCUAGAUGCCCUCGACUGGUCGCACCGAUGUACAGCUGCAGCGUUUUAGUUAACUCGGAUGUUUUGGGAAAAUUGUACGCUGUAUUUGGAAAGAGACAAGGACGCGUAAUCGCUGCGGAGAGUGCUGGAUUCGGUGGGCAGUUUCGCGUGCUGGCAACGUUACCUGUACCGGAGAGUUUCCAACUUGCCAGAGAAUUGCGAACUCAGACGUCCGGGCUGGCUAGUCCUCAACUGGUUUUCAGCCAUUGGGAGGUGAUCGAGCAAGAUCCUUACUGGACACCUUCCACCGACGAGGAGUAUCUUCAUUUCGGCGACAAGGCGGACAGCGAAAACAGAGCCAAGAAAUACAUGGAUGCGGUUCGUCGACGCAAAGGUCUAUCCGUCGAUUCUCAGCUUGUUACGCACGCGGAGAAGCAACGUACUUUGGCGAAAAAAAAAUGAUGCGCUCGCCGUCUUCUGCCGAAAGAUAAAAUAGAUAUAAAAUAUCGAUCGAAUAGAGCGUCGAGUUACAUUUUUUCACGUUUACUUGUAUAUACGUAUUAUAAUACGCGUAUCUUCCAGUUAGUUUUCAAACGCAACGUUCCCGAUACACGGACCGUGUCUUCGUUGAUAAUAAUCAUUUUUUGUAAUUCCACGAGCACCGAUACCAGCACAUACUGUCGCGGACACUCGUCUCGCUUGAAGUAGCAACGUUUUUAAACGCGUUUCGUCUCGCAUUCUGUCUGUCCGUCUGUCGCUCGAUCGAAAUCGCGCACCGGUUAUCGACGAGUAUCGGUACGUACUAUAUGUGUAACGUCUACGAGUUAAUAGUUGAACGUGUACGUUUACCGAGUGUACCUACGAUCGAAACGCAACGACGAAGACGGAGAACUGUAAAUAAUUCGAUCGUACCUAUGGAUGGAGAGAUGCGAAGAUGGAAGGAGAACGAACAAAAAUUGAAACCCGACGCAAACCCGAUCGUAUUAAACGUGUUAUAUGUUGUUUAAAUAAAACUAGUUUGGCACGCGUUUACAGACGCCGAAACAACCUUGAGUUAACAAAAUAAUUAGUCGAGGUGUACGAUAUACAGUUUACCUUUUAUUUGUUUCUUAUGUCUGCAGAAUCUACGACUGUACAGUGUAAUGGAGUAACAAUAUUUUCUACGAAACUUCUCUGCAACGACCAUAACGAAAUAGUAGAAAACUACCUCGAGAAUCGACUAGUCGAUCGUAUAAGAUGUUCACUAAUUAAUAACGUUUGAUGAAAAGAGUGUGUGCGUGCGUGCGUGCGUGUGCGUGUGCGUGUGCGUGUGUUGCAAGCAACACAGCGCGUACGAAAAAUUCAAUGUGGCAAAGAUUUUACUUGUAAACUCAAACGCUGGGCGCAGUUACAGUUUACUUGUACUUACGCGUCGAUUCUAUUGUCGUGUUGUAAAUGCGUAGCCAUUUUGUACAAUUUAUAAAUGAAAUUGAUAUUUAAAUAAAAAAAAAUUAAUGAAUUCGAGCCCUUAAAAUUUUAAUUUACAUAUAGCAUAAAAUGUCUGUGUACAAACGGUGUCGUAAUUAAAUGGACUAAUGAAUCAAG